CAGAGAGGAUGGGGAAGGGGGGAGGGGUGGGGGGAUAUAGGGUAGUGAAAAUGAUGGCGACCGAUGCAGAGGAGAUAAGAAACCAAACAAGCCCCUGUCCCAUCCCCGACAACAGUCUCAGCACUCUGUCCAUCAAAAUUACCCGGAAAAACCAGGACAGACACUGGAAGUUGCGGUUUAUUUAUCUGCAGUGCUGUGAGUACCGACACACAUCACGACGUUUGUAGUCAAACACCGGUACAGGUCACACAAUCCCGCUCAGAUUUCUUGACCAUUGCAACAAUACUGGGAACUGGAAUCUUAGGUCUUCCGGUGACAAUUGCUCAAGCUGGACUGGUGCCUUUCCUCGUCUCCUUUCUUGUUGGCUUCUUUGUCCAAGCCUUACUUAUCUACUUGUUUGUGGAACUUCUUCAGAAAUGUCAGGUGGUGCAGCUGGAAUCACUAAAGACAGGUGUUGCAGAGUGUAUCGUGAUGGAUCAGGUGGGCGUGGAGGAUCCAGCCCCCACAGAGGAAGAAGAUGAGGAUGAUGAGGGAGAAAAUGCAGAAGCUGAUACAGGUUUACUACAACCAGAUGCAGUAGACUUGCGCAACCAAGCUGAGAGCCUGCAACCCAACCUUCAUCUGCUUGGCCGCCUCUUCCUCUCCCGCCCCAUGAGCCAUGCCUUCAACUGCAUCCUCCUCUUCCAGUUUGUUUCUAUUGGAAUUAGUUAUGUUUUGGCUGGCAGUGAGGCCUAUGCUGCUCUUCUUGAUGUCAGCCACAUCUAUGUGAUCCCAGCCUUCACCUGGAUUCUAACGCUUGCUAUCUUAUUGGCCCAUAAAAUUAUCCAGCCAGUCACGUCACUCCUCACUCUGCUGAAGGGAAUCCUGCUCAUUGUCACGGUGGCUGUGACUUUUGCAGUGGGGUCAGAGGUCGGUCUUCAGAGCAGCAGUGACUUCAGUCAGAUGGGAAAACCUUUCCUAAUGGGCACAGUGGCUCUGGGAGGGAUUGUAAACGUGAUGCCUCUGCUCUUCUCCCAGAUCUCACACAACAAAACACAGAUCCUGUGGUUUCGGAGAGCAGUGCUUGGAGGUCUGACAACCUGCACUGUGCUCAACAUCCUCUGGUGCUGGGCAGUGCUGGAAAUUGUCCCCCAGACGUCGUUACCAGAGAGGCAGAUGGCAGCUGAGAUGACAGCUCAGCCUGACUCCAGCAGUCCGUCUGCUCCUCAUUCCUCCAUCUCCCCUCUGCUGUACUCCAACAUCUCACUAGAAGAGUCUGAGAAGGCAGGAGAGAUUGCAACUAUUCCGUUGACUAAGAUUAUCAAUGAACAUUACAGGGCGUACUCCUGGGUGGCUGAGCUGAUCCAGGUCUUUAUAGCCAUCAGUGUCACUGUGUCCUUCCUGGUGAUGGGGUCUGCCAUGAAACACACAAUUGAUGGCCUGGUGAGCUCUGCGUGGAGCGGCCGACUGGAGUGGCUUUCUAAAGCCUGGGAGCAAAAUGUGGCAAACAAACAGCACACCUGCUCAGGGAGAAGCAUGGCUAAAGGAUUCGCGUCAUUGCUCGGAUUUGGUGUCAUCUUUAUCGUGUCAGUGUGUGAUCCCAGGGGUUUUGUGGUCAUGCUGGACAAAGUUGUGUCGUUCUCCCUCAACACCGAGGUAGGACUGUUUAUCUUCGUCAUGCUGAGAGAAUCCAGAGAAGACAGGUUCCAACACCUUGCAGUCCCUCUGCCAGUGGGCGACUGUGUCUUCAGCCUCAGUUGGCUGCUUCCCACCUACUUCCUGUUUGCGGUAACCUACGACAUCCUGCAGACACUGGCAGACGUGGCUCAUUACCUGCCUUUGUACAGCCACAGUCAGGAACUACACAACCACAGUCUGACUGGGAGUUUACCAGUGGCCAAUCUUUCCAUCCUGCUCUGAAGCUCAAGCAUCCUGAUAAACCUGAGACGGACCAGGAGCUGCCAAAAACGCAAGCUUAGCAAGUGCUUUUAUACAGUAUUUACACACAUUUUAAUGAUGAACUUAGUGGCCAUGUUUGGGUCUUUUCAUUGUCUCUACAGCUAUACUGGCCUCCCCUGUGCAUGCGAACUCUGUAACUGUUCAGUACAACUGAAACUCAGUUUUUCAUUUAAAUUCCCUUAAACUGGAAACAUUCUUGUAUUUUUCCCUUAGACAUGAACCAUGCUAAGACCAAAACCAGAAACACUGACCUGUAGAAUGUUAACAGGAAACUACAGUUUAUUUCAUCGUAGCUUCAGCCAUCAAAGUAAAGUAGUCGAUGAAGUUAUGUUCUUUUCAUUGACAGGCGUGAAGACAGGUAAGAGCAGACAGAUUUAAUGCUAUUUAAUAAAACUUUACAGUAGGUUGAAUCACUAUCAAUGCGCUAUGCAAAUAUCUCUAUAAAAAUAUCUAUUUGAGUGAAAAUAUCUAUUAAAAUGUUUAUUUAUGCUCCGU